UGGCCAACCGGGUGCCAAGAGUAAUUUCUGUCCCGACUCCACCAAGAAACCCCUUCCGGCGCCGCCGCCAAAGAAAGGAGAGUAGCCAUGGACGGAUCCGCCGCCGCGCCGCUCCGCACGCGCGUCUGCAUCAUCGGCAGCGGCCCGGCCGCGCACACGGCAGCCAUCUACGCGGCCCGCGCGGAGCUCAAGCCCGUGCUCUUCGAGGGCUGGAUGGCCAACGACAUCGCCGCGGGGGGCCAGCUCACCACCACCACCGACGUCGAGAACUUCCCGGGCUUUCCCCAAGGCAUCAUGGGCGCCGACCUCAUGGAAAGCUGCCGCGCCCAGUCCCUGCGCUUCGGCACCAACAUCCUAACCGAGACCGUCACCGCCGUCGACUUCUCCGCCCGCCCCUUCCGCGUUGUCUCUGACUCCACCACCGUCCUCGCUGACGCUGUCGUCGUUGCCACGGGCGCCGUCGCGCGCCGCCUCCAUUUCCCCGGGUCCGACACCUACUGGAACCGCGGCAUCUCUGCCUGCGCCGUCUGUGACGGCGCCGCCCCCAUCUUCCGGAACAAGCCCAUCGCCGUUAUAGGCGGCGGCGACUCCGCCAUGGAGGAGGGGAAUUUCCUUACCAAGUACGGUUCCAAAGUGCACAUCAUCCACCGUCGCAACACCUUCCGUGCUUCCAAGAUUAUGCAGGCCCGGGCGCUCUCCAAUCCCAAGAUCCAAGUCGUCUGGGAUUCUGAGGUCGUCGAGGCCUAUGGCGGCGCAGGCGGCGGCCCCUUGGCUGGGGUUAAGGUCAAGAACUUGGUGACUGGUGAAAUCUCCGAUCUUCCGGUGUCUGGGCUCUUCUUUGCCAUCGGACACGAGCCGGCGACCAAGUUUCUCAAUGGGCAGCUUGGGCUCCAUGCUGAUGGGUAUGUGGCCACCAAGCCUGGCUCUACACACACCAGUGUGGAGGGGGUCUUCGCUGCUGGGGAUGUGCAGGAUAAGAAGUAUCGUCAGGCGAUUACAGCUGCUGGAUCAGGGUGCAUGGCUGCUUUGGACGCGGAGCACUAUCUGCAGGAGGUAGGUGCACAGGAAGGCAAGUCCGAUUGACUCCUUGGUGAAGCAAACAGCCCUUCAGAAAGUCGGAUGCUGGCGCUGAAAGCCGCACUCUGAACUUUUGAUGCCGUGGGUUUAUCUCGAGACUCCUGAUUGCUUCUGUGGAUUUCUUAUGCUGCUCAUCAGCACCAUGUUAUUCUUUGCAACUAGGUCCCAGAUCAACUAACAUUCCUGUGUUGCGAUUUGUAUUUUUCAUUGAUGAAUUCAUAUUAUUAUGAGAUAUGACUGCGUUAUUGUAUUUCUACUGUUUGGAGCACUGAUUAAACAUACUCUGAAAAAAUCUCCUGUGA